ACCCCGGAUGUGUCAUGGCGUCUAAUCGACUGAUUUGGAAGGCUGUCUAGCUCAAGAAAAUAGCUAGAAUAGUCCCCUUUUCAGCGUUUUGUGCGUUCAAGCACCAUAUAAGUAUUUGCAUUAAUGGUAAUGCAUGCAAGGAAACAGCCCAGACUCGAUGAUGGGUAUAUGGAAAAGAGAGACGCCCAUCCGUUCCAGUCAUCCCAGUACCCAUCAAAGAAUUACGGACUUGACAAUUAUGCAGACCGAUACAAGAGAGAUGGGGGCAGUUCUGACAGAUGUCGAGACAACAGCCCUGCAAGCCGUCUCAGUCCCAGAUAUCACAACAAAAGCUCUUAUUCUGAGAAAAUUAAAGAGAGAUACGAGAAAGGAUCAAGUAGUUUUCCCGACAGAAAGGCAAACCAUAGCUACAGCAAUCAAAGAAGUAACAGCCAAAAUGGUAACUACGACAAAGGUGUCAAAAACAGCCGUGAUGUCAAGGAAAAAGAAGGAAAAUCAGAGUCCCAGAAGACGCCUGGACGAACCUGCGGGGAAUGGUCCGAACAUGUCAGUUCAUCUGGUAUGCACUACUACUACAACUGUAAGAGUGAAGUGUCCCAGUGGGAGAAACCAAAAGAUUGGACAGACGGACCUGGAUCAAAGCCCGAUUCCAAGCCCAACAACUAUGCUCGGAGUGGAGGCAACAUCAGCAGUAGUAGUUGUGGAGGAGGAGGAGGAAACAGCAGUGGAGCCAAAGUCAACUACCCUAAUAAAUCCGCAAUGGACAAGUCCAAACAUUCCAGUAAUGCUGCGGACCGAACAUUAUUGUCCGAGAAAAACCUCAAAAGGAGCAUGUCGGAUAUUAACCAAACCUAUCCCCACAGCGGAAAACCGGACAAAAAGUACAUUAUUGAAAAGUUCCAGGCCAGUCAGCACCUGGCCGUGGAACAACAGCACCUACGAGGGGCUAGUCAGUCCUCAUCUUUGUCAUCCUCUCACUAUCGGACUCCUCAUUCUUUGGAGCAUAAGUUUGACAAUGUCACAAACUUUCACAGAAAGGAUGGCUCAGGGACAUAUCCUGACCCCCAGGGCAGCCAGGCAAACAGACGUUACCGUCGCAACAGCGAAGGAAAUAGGUCAUAUGGUGGUGGUGGUGGUCAUGUGACACCCAGAAAACACAAUCAUGACUCGCAGAUAGAUGACAUGGAUAUAUCACCGGGUAGUUCGCCGUCGAGCUCGCGUCGAUCAAGUUGUGCAGGCACACCCCAGUUGGGUCCUAGCUCCACACCCAUGUCACUACCUCCGUCUACGGCGGCAGCUCUAGCCGGAAUAGCCCCCACAGGCGCCACCUCCCCACUCCUCUCCACGAUACCCUGUCUGAUAUCCAAGCUCAGCGGCAGUCACAGAAACCAAGAUCUAACCCACAAAGCCUUGCAAACCUUACAGAGAUUACAAGAGGUGAUUAGUCGCCAGAUAGCACAGCAAACAAGUCCUGGAAACCCACCCCAGCAAUCUCCCAGGCCUACAAGUGAUGUGCCAACUUCCCAAACCGCACACCAACAACAGGCCCACCACAAACCCCACCAACACCCUCAUCAUCAUCAGCCCCACCCCAGCCCCACCCUACACAACUCCAACAUGCUUCUCAGCCCACAAGGUCUCCACUCCCAUCACCCCAAUCCCCAUCCCCAUCCUCACUCCCAUCCUCAGCCUGACAACAACUCCCAACAUCACCAUCAUCUCCACCCUGCUGGCCAUAGAGAACCUCCACACACCCCAGGGGGACACAGCUCGUCAUCAGUAUACGGCAAGCUCAACCAAAUCUCUCGCCAUGACGAAGACCACCACAUGACUGGGCCAGGUGGUGGUGAGAGUCCCCUGUCGGAGACCAGUCAAGGACCCUCCUGUUUAAGUCCAGGAUCCAGUACGACAAGUUCUCAGACAGCUGCUGUGGCUCAUGCAGAACUCUCAGCUGCUGGCAUCACAAAGGAGACGUCUAUGGGCAUCAAUCCAGCUCUUAAAAAUUACUAUAAUGAAAAAUUAAUAGGCCAUGUGCUAGGCUGGCAGGCUGAGCAUGCCGAGAGACAGGCCAAAAAGUACAGACAAGAAAAUCUUACUAUAGAUUGUAUGCGAUGCAGUCAAGUGAGUGUGGAACUAAAGCGUGCAAGGUCCCUCGUACGGAUUGCCGAAAUUCAGUCAACAUUACAUGAACAAAGAAUAUUAUUUUUAGCUCAACAAAUUCAUGAACUAGAGAAUAUGAAGCCUCCGUCAUUUUCAUCAUCACAUUCAUUUACGUCAUCUUCGCAUUCUUAGGACAGUGUCUGUCAUUGCAUUUGAAUUGUUGCUGACAGAACUAGAGAUCUAACUGGAGGCCAACAUAUCCCCGCAAGACCUUCUACACCAGCUGUAGGUGGACAAGGUUACGUGGAACAGUGCCAUACAAAAUGGAAGAAAACCAUCCCCAAAGAAAUCUGGAAACUCUACGGCAAAGAAUGUGAUUAAUUUAAGUAUUUCAAUCCAUGAUGUAUUGUUGUUAGUAGUCUGUUUGUGAAAAUUUGACUGCAGAUUAGCUGAAUGCAGAGGCGAUCAAUUUUAUGUAAGUUGUGUGCGAGAGGAUUUUUACCAUUUCUGGGAGCUCUAGCUUCAUAUGAUAUCUGUGAAAAAACAUUGAUCUAUUGUCACUGCAAUACAUAGCCUACAACCAAUUGUCAGACAUGUAAAAAUUUGACAAAGUUUUUAGGUCACCUGAGCUUUGCUCAAGUGACAUUUUGCAAUCCCUCUUUGUCAUCGUGCAAUGUCCGCCAUUCUUCACAUGUUAACAUUUACAUUUUAGAUUUAGACUGAAAUAUUACUGAAGACAUUUCGUUGAUACUGAAUGGGAAUGUUACUGAGUCUUGUUCUUUUUUGGUGGUUGAUCAAAAAAUUACCUUAAACUCGCAUCCUAUUUGGCUGAUUCAACUGAAAUUUAAUAGGUAUGUUUGACUGACGAUCCGGAAAAAAAGUCUUAUCUUUAGGAUAAAUCGGAAAUCUAUUAUGGCAGCCCAUUAUGGCAGCCCUGAGCCGAGACAUUUACAAAUUUCUUCUCAAGACCUGCUCCAUACAAAGGUUCCUUUAUGAUGUUCCAACACAAUUUUCUUAGCUUCUGUGCCUAUCUGCUGUCCAAAAUGCCCACAACUAAGAUACAAUACAUAAGCCAACCAGACAUCUACUGGUCUUUUCCACAGGCUACUCCACACUAUAGACACUUGCUAUUUGAUAUAAAUUAACACACACAGUUUUGUGGUACUCUGGUAGUCUGUGUACUCUGGUAGUCUGUGUAAUAUCAACCUUUCUGCCAAACAGAUUUAAGUCCUUGCUCCAAACUCAAAUGACUGCGGCAUUAAGAGAUUCCUAGGUGACUGUUAAGGCCCCAGAACCUCUUGUUCCUUUUAGAAUUGAAAACACUAUAGCACGCAUAACUGACUCAACAAUUGGUUUCUUAUGAAAAAAGAAAUAUGGGAAUCUGAAGGGACAAUAGUUGGAUUAGUUCCAUGGCUGGGCCAUGCCUUCUGGUACAGAUAUAUGAUAUUAGAGAUGGAUUUGUUUAAAUAUAACAGCUUUUCUUAACACGCUUGUACCAAAUUAACAAACAAACAAAAAUCAUAAUCUUGAUAUAUCUCGUAAAAGUAAAGUGUUUAUUGGAGUGGUACAACUUUCAUUCAUACAUCAUCAUCAAAUAAAAAUAAAUUCAGCCGGAACAAAAAGGCAUUUAACAUGUUUUAUGGUUAUGGUCAAGUAUCGCUGUUGUGUUUGUACUAGAGUAUGAUCUGUUUACUACUGCAUUUAAACAUCAGUCAUUUUUAGAUGAUCGCAUAUUGAUUUAAGCUUAUAUUAAUAAAAAAUGAUUUUGGGUAUUUGGAAAAAGCUAUCAAAUUAAUUUAUAUUCUCUUUAUACCUAUAUGUAUAUAUACAAAGAGAUGUCAUUGACAUGUACCAGAAGUGCUACCUUGAUUUUAUCUUAAUUGCAUUUUUUCCAUCUUGUAUUUGUGAUUAUUGUCUGUGUUUUUUUAAGUACUGCAGAAAUAUGCAAUGUUUGCAUUUGUCAUGCUAUAAAAUGAAAUAUUGAAGCUUAUUUUUUCUAUCAGAGGGCAGGGAAACAAGCAUUUGUCUUGUUAAAAACUUCCUUGAGAGGUUAUUUAAGAUUAGAUCAAAUCAAGCUGGGAUAAAAUACUUCGAUGUGGGUGAAAACAAAGACUUCAUAUUGUUCAGCAGUGAAAAAUAGGGAUCAAACUUGAAAGUGUGAUAUCGACAAAAUAGAUGUCCAUCGUUCAAUGAAAUCCUGGUAAAAUCAUAGUUUGAAUCUUUAUUAUUUUUGGCAAUUGUUUAGUUGGGGCCAACACUUUCUGUUUAUUAAAUUCCUAUAUAUAUAUAUAUAUAUUGAUCCCACCAUGAAUUCAAAUUUUAAACUUAGUCUCCCCUCUCAUUUUACCUUUGGGCCUAACGAGUUGGUCUUCUCACUGGAGAUAUCACUUUGUCAGUCCUUCCUGUGACAAUGACACAAGUGUUCACAUCCUCUCUCACAUCUUCUGAUCAAUGAUGGUUAACUAACAGUUCAUAUACAACCAGACAGUAAGUGUUAAUAUCCUGCUGGAUCAUUGGAUACUUAGACCCAUUUCGCAUGUCCAGUUCAAAAGGGUUUAUCCGUUUAUAAAUGUAACAUUUUCGGGUAUAAAUCAUGGUGGACCUGCAAAUGGUUAUUAAGGCCUGGUAAUUUAUAAGUCUUUGCCAAGGCUCGCCUGAAAGCAGCGUUAGAAUGACCAGGUCCUACCAUACUUUAUAAACUAAUGACUCUGGUCCAACCGGUCCAACCAUUUGGAUCACGAUUAACGAAAGCAUCCCAACAACCUAGUAUCAGGGGUAAUAGUUUGUCAUUCAGGAGCUGAUGGCUUCCACCGCAAUACUAAUCAGCUUCUGUCCCACGCAGUCUAUAUUAUAUUCAAUAUGUGGCCAAAGACAAAUGGUUGCCUGAGUUUAGUAUCUUGUAUCAGUUUCUGAUAAUGUCGCAGGGACAUUCAUAAUGUGACCAGAGUAAUAUAUUAUGGGUAUCGGGUGUCCAUUUGAACAUAACGAAAAGCAAUGUCUGGAAGAAGAAAGACUGAAUUUAUUUCAUUUUGAAGUGUUUACAAACCGGUACAAUAUUUAUAGACUUAUUUUCAAUGUCCCUUUAACGGUUUACUAAAGUACAUCAGGAUCUGCUGAUUGGUAUGCUUGUGUUCAGUUAUAAUGAAUGGCUAUCAAUACAUAUUUUUAAAAAAAGCUCUGAGGUUGAUUAUUUGACAGUAAGCUGCAUUCAAAAUGUAAGUUACGUUCAAAUUAAAAAAAAAAGUAGCUGUGUUUUAAUUUGUUUACAUUUUGAUUGCUGAUCUUAAAAACACUUUUUUCACUUUUUCUGACCUUUGCCGAGUUUUAUUGUCGAAAUGUAUAAUUUGUAUCAACCAUAUGCUGUAUUAUUUGACUGAAUUGUUUAAGAUAUUUUGAAAUUCUGCGUUUUGUUCAGGUUUUGGUUAAAUAUUGUGUAUGAAUUACAUUUUUGUUGGGACACCAUGAGAGAACAAAAUGUAUUUUGAUUUACAUACAUUUGAACAUGAUUGAAGCUUAAACAAUGGAAUUACAGUAUGAUGUUAAUUUCCUUGAUGCUAGAGCUCGAGGGACUUUUGAGCGAUUGAUGUGGGUCAAACUUUUACCUUUUGAACAUGCAGUGCAGUUCACACUCUGUGUCACAUUCUUUUGAUGGAAAUAGUGCUAUACACAAUGUACUGUGUAUGUCAUGUCUCUCGAACUGGUUUUUCUGUUACACCUGUCAGAAGUAAAACAAUUAUUAACAAUAUUCACGCUUAUGACAGAAGGCAUAUGGUUGUGGGAAUAUAAUCGAGAUGUACCAGAAUGGAAUUAAAAGACUACGUUAUCCUUGGUAACCUUGUUAUGUAGGUAAUGUAAUUUUUCAGUGUAUCCGUGGAACAUGAAGGAAUAAUAUCUUAAUUGAACUUAAAGUUCAGUUCAGCAAUCUUGUUAAUUUGGGACAGUGGUUUUUGUAAAAACAUUUUUAUAGCAAUAAUUUUCCAAGUUCCCACAGCUAGGUUUUGGAUGGAUUUGGUGAUUCUACAGACCCUGAAGUAUCAAGGUUCGGACAUAGUGCCAGUUUAUCACGGUGUCACGUGAUUUGGUAGAGGGAAUACGUGAGUGAGUUGGUGUUGAGCUAAGGACCAUUGGCAUGCAGCUUUUGAGUAAAUAGAGGGGUCAGGAAAGGGAGGCAGAUCUUUUUGUCGGCAUACAUGUGACUGGGUGUGAUUGUGGGUUAUGGUGAACCUACUUUCCUGACAAAUGCUGACGGUUUGAAUGACGUGUUGUGUGGUAGUAUUGGGUAGACAUACCACUAUCUGAUAUGUUUGAAUGCUACAUGUUCUCUGUGUGUACUGUCGGUUGGUCGGCAGGCUGCCCAGUUGUUUGAAUGCUGUAUGUAUUUUGUGUGUACUGUUUGUGGGCUGGCAGGCUACCCGAUUGUAUGAAUGCUACAUGUUGUGAACGUCUCAUUGGGUGCUGGCCGAGCAGCCUAACGGGUGUCUAGUAUUUCUUUGUACAUAAAAUAGGUGUGACCUUGUACAGAACACUUUCAUCAGAAUUGGAUUCCAGUUGCUUUUGAUGUGGAGUAUUACUUUUAUUAGCCUCUCUUUCUUUUUAUCCAUCACAAAACGUAAUUUCCUUUGCCGUCUUCAAUUUGAGGUUCAGAUUUUGUCAUUAUUAGUUAAUUGUCCUAAUAUAUUAACAUUUAUAUGUCAUCCUAUUUGUUUAUUUUAGUAUUUCAUCCUUUUUACUUUAAUUGUUAGUUAAAAGUACUGGUCAACCCUUUUUUCACUUACAAGAAAAAAAAUGGGUUUUUCAUUUCGUCCCACAUUGUUAAAAAAGUAAGGGAGACAAUGACUGUUAACAUCGAGGAGUUCUCUCCCCUAUUCCUUUCUUAAUCUUUACCAACUUAUAGGUACAUUUCUAUGAAUUUCUGUGUAGUUUAACAGGUAUUAUUUCUCGACCUUAUUUAUAUCCAUUUAUGGGCUAAAUGAGUAAAACUCGGCUCACCACAAAUCUAUAUUUAUUUUUUCACGUAAUGGACUGGACAGAAAUAGGUGAUGAUAUUCAUGGCACACUUCCCAAAGGGGCAUUCUCCCGAAGAUGCAUUGAUAUCUCGUUGUGGCCAGGUAAUCUGCCUCCUGUUUUGUCUCCUGUUUACUCGCCCCCAUAUCCAGUUUCUUCCGACUUCUGUGUAACCACAUUGAAACAUGGGAAUCGGUCAGUUUAUCACAGUUCAUGAGUAUGUCUGCUACUGUACUACGUAUUUAACUGCAUGAGCUUAUGAUGCACCACUAAACAAGGGAAUAAACAUGGUGUAGAUAGCGUCAUUGUUCUCUACAUGUUUAUAGUAUCUGUUGAAAGAAAUAAAAAAAAUAAAAAUACUUGAAAUAA